AUGACAAAACCAAAGUACUUUGGUAUGACCGGUACUUGGUUGACAGUAUGGGUCACUGUUGCCUGUGCCACUGAUAUGACCCUAUUUGGUUACGACCAGGGUGUUUUUGGUGGCGUUGUGGUUACCCAAGAUUAUAUCAACCAGCUUAACCUUGCCGACAAUGCAAGUCUGCUCUCAACCAUCACCGCCAUCUACGAUAUCGGAUGUUUCUUCGGAGCCAUUGCAGCAGUCAUGAUCGGCGACCCUCUUGGACGCAAGAACUCAAUUCUACUAGGAACCACGAUUAUGUCUGUCGGAGCUCUUCUCCAAUGUACAGCAUUCGGAGUACCUCAAAUGAUCGUUGGCCGUAUUGUCGCUGGUAUUGGCAACGGUAUCAACACAUCAACUGCACCCGUAUGGCAAGGAGAAACAUCUAAGGCCUCGUGGCGUGGUAAAUUGGUCAUCAUCGAGAGUGACCUUAUCGUGAUUUUGAACAUAUUCGGUUUCAUGUUAAGCAAUUGGGUGACGUUUGGCUUCUCUUACCUUGACGGAGGCGUCUCAUGGCGUGUUCCUCUUGCCUUCCAGUUCAUCUUCAUCGUCAUCCUCUAUGCAACUGUGCCAUGGUUGCCCGAAUCUCCUCGUUGGCUCAUCAGCAAGGGCCGCGUCGAAGAAGCUAACCAUAUCCUGGCCGCCCUGGAGUCAGCUACCCACGAUGAUCCCUAUAUCAUCACUGCAAGCAACGAGAUUCAGUACGCGGUCGACUAUGAACGCGAGAACUCACCUUCCUGGGGUGAGCUUCUUAGGGGCAAGACUGGCAAGGAGGGAGGCACCUGCACCAUGCGUCGUCUCUUCUUGGGAAUGGGUGCCCAAGCAAUGCAGCAGCUGGGUGGUAUCAACGUGACAAGUUACUACUUGCCUACUGUGUUGAUCCAGUCUGUCGGUCUCACUGAGAAGCUGGCCCGUCUUCUCGCAGCUUGCAACUCGGUUUCCUACCUUCUUUUCUCAUUCAUAUCGAUCCCUAACGUGGAAAAGUGGGGUCGCCGCAAUAUGAUGAUUUAUGCUUCGCUCGGUCAAGGGUGUUGUUAUCUGUUGAUUACCAUCUUGCUGCGCUUCAACGAGAUGGAUGGCUAUGCUCACAAGAACGAGGUCGCGUCUGCAUCAAUUGCCUUCUUCUUCCUCUACUACGUCUUCUUCGGUAUCGGAUGGCAGGGAGUCCCUUGGCUGUAUCCCACUGAGAUUAACUCACUCUCAAUGCGUACCAAAGGAGCUGCUCUUGGUACUGCCACUAAUUGGAUCAUGAACUUCAUGGUUGUUGAAAUCACCCCUAUCGGAAUCAACAGUAUCCACUGGAAGUUCUACAUCAUCUGGACAGUUUUCAACUUCAGCUUUAUCCCUGUCGUGUACCUGUGGUAUCCGGAGACAGCUGAUAGAACGCUUGAAGACAUGGACCGCUUCUUCCGUGAGAACCACGAUGUGUUCGUUUUCCGUCACAAGGACGCUAUCAGCACUAAGCGUCCUUUGGCCUACAUCGAGCGUGAGCAAGACGAGGUUAGACGUACUUCCUCUGUUCAUGCUGGCAUGGCCAUGGACGCCGCUCGCAACAAGAGCAACGCUACUGAGUUUAACGAGAAGAGGGAAGGUACUGGCCGCAAUGCUACUCUUAGCACUGAUGGUAGCCACGAUGAAUUCAAGGAGGACGUCUAG